CUGGACGACGUUGAAGUACUGUUGAAAAUGGUGUUAAUCAGGCGAAUAAUUUUUACGAAUAAUGCGAAUGCUAUAAUGUUUUUAAGAUAGACGAAACGACGUCUUUACCUUGGGUGUAAUGGUCUCCCCAUUUCAGUCCACAAGUCAUUCCCUAGGGUAUCAUUUCUUUGUUUAACGGUUGUGAAUGACACAUGAAUAUGAAUGCCACUGAAAUAAAGGAUCUUAUUCUCAAGGGAAUGACACGUGGUUUGAAAUGGGAAGACAUUAAAGAGAUUUAUUACCAAAACUGAAAUCAUUCAAGUCUGGCUCGAAUUAUGUCUAAGUCAACUUGGAUGCUUGACGAGCCAUAAUUAUUUUUAAAGUUUGGUUAAAUUGGGAUAUUCGGUGCAAACAUUUUCAGGAAAACAAAAGGAAAAGUUUCUAUGUGUAUUUUCAAGACGAAAUUAUUGUUUACAUCCGCAUUAUUAAAAAAAUACCUGCAAUUUGCAAUCCACAAUGGAGAACUCGACAUUGACAUGGCAACCAGCAACUACGUGAAUAAAACCAAAAAUUAACCCAGUAAUCUUUUGUUAAACUCGGUUAUUUUGUACCAUGAAAUUAUUGAAUCGAAUAAUUUAAGAGUCAGCUGAUGGCUGUCAAUAGCUUUAAAGCAUACUGUGAUGAGAGCAACUCAUCCCAAAACAAAUAGAAAAAGAAAUACGUAGACAAACAAGACCAAUAUCACUCCAGUUGCAGGGCAGGUGUGAGUCAGAGUUGAAAAUACAAACCAUCAAUAUAAGCAGGAUCUUUAUCUUUAGGGUAAUCGGCUUCGGGGCGCCCUGAAAUACUAGCUCGCGCAACACCAGAUUCAAAUUAACGACUAAAAUUAUUCGCGACUUGAAGAUUUGUGCUUGAGAAUUUCUAAGUGGAUAUCAAAAGCACUUCCUUUCACAUAAAAAGGCAUAACAAAGACACUAAGCAAGUUGGAACUUUCGUAGGGUUUCGUAUAGUUCGAUCUACUAUGUAUGUCGUUCUUUGCCAUUGAAAAAAUAGCUGAUAUUCAAGGGGAAAAAACAAGAAAACGGACGAAAAAGAUUGUACACAAAGCAUCGCCAUGACAACGGGAGAGUCCAUCCUUAUUGCAGUGCUAACAUUGCUGAUGAUCACCGACCUCGUAGGAAAUACACUCGUCUGUAUUGUGGUUCUUUGCAACAGGUCACUCAAGACUCCAAUGAACUAUAUUCUCGUUAAUUUAGCAGUCGCGGACAUGAUGGUUGCUCUUUUCAUGGCUCCGCGACACAUUUUCCUGAGCGCAUUCACACACCCGAGCGGGGAGACUGGUGACUAUGUAUGUAAAUUUCUUACCGGCGGCAACUUCAUGUGGGUUGGAGGAGCUGCUUCUUCGUUUUGUUUGGUUGCCAUAGCAGUCGAGCGGUACUACGCUAUCGUUUAUCCACACAUGGAGAAAGGAAGAAUAACUCGAAAAAAACUCAAAAUCAUAAUCAUUUCAUGCUGGGUGUAUGCUGUCAUUGUCGACAUUCCUCCAUUCCUCGUCAUCAAUUUCAACCCAAAGCGUCAUUUCUGCACUGAAUACUGGCCCCACGUGACCCUCGCUAAGGCCUACACCGUACUGAUGUUCAACCUUGACUUCGCAGUGCCUGUUCUUCUAAUGGGGAUACUUUACUCGAAGGUCGUGUAUAAUCUGUGGUUUCAGCGUCAAAACGUGGCUGAUAUCACGCAGACGGCGGUCUUAAGCUCCAGAAAGAAGGUGACAAAAAUGGUUCUGAUUGUGACGGUGAUUUAUGGUAUGUCAUGGAUGCCGGUGUUAACCCUCUACAUGCUGUCCUACCACUUGCCCAGCCAGUUUAAGUACGCCUCAAUCAUCCACAACGCAGCCGUGGUCUUUAUCUGCGUCAACUCAUCCAUCAACCCGUUCAUUUACAGCUUUCAAAUGAGAGGAUUCAAAAGCGAGAUUAAGAGGCUUUUUAAUUUCCGUAAAGUGACGAUGGUUCAGGAUAUCCGAGGGAUGAAUACAUCUACACAUUAUGGUACAACCUCGACGUUCCUUAAAACACGAAUGACAAAUAUGACCUCUUUGACGUCUAUUCGAGGACCAAUCGAUGUCAAAAACGAAACAAGUCAGGCCUCUUCCCUUCACAUAUCAUAUCUGUAAGCAUAAUUAAUAGAGGGGAAUGGUUAGGAAACCUAUUAUCAGGUCUUUGUUCGCUUUUGAUGUUGAACCGGUCUUGACCGUGCACAAUGUUUGAUUUUUGCUAAUCCGA